CGGAGGAGAGCGGCUGGCCGGCGGCUCGGGGCGCCAGCGCGGCCGGGGUCUCGCGACGGAGCCUCCCGCGGCCCUCUCUCGGCUGCCCCCGGCGAAGGAGGAGCGAAGGCGGGGCGGCCCCGGCCCGCGUGGGGAAAAGUUUGCCCGGAGUUUCUGCGAGCCGUCCCGAGGCGAGGAGCGCUCCGCCGCCGCCGGCUCCGCCUGGCAUGGACGCGCUCAAAUCCGCCGGGCGGGCCAUCAUCCGCAGUCCCAGCAUCGCCAAGCAGAGCUGGGGCAGCGGCCGGCACAAGAAACUCCCUGAAAACUGGACUGACACCCGAGAGACCUUACUGGAGGGAAUGCUUUUCAACCUGAAGUACCUGGGCAUGACAUUGGUUGAGCAGCCCAAAGGAGAAGAAUUAUCUGCGGCUGCUGUCAAAAGGAUUGUAGCAACAGCAAAGGCAAGUGGAAGAAAACUCCGAAAAGUAACUCUGAAGGUGUCACCCAGAGGGAUCGUUCUCAGCGACAGCAUAACAAAUGAAUCAAUUGAAAACGUGUCAAUAUACAGGAUAUCCUACUGUACAGCAGACAAAGUACAUGAUAAAGUAUUUGCCUACAUUGCCCAGAGCCAGCACAAUGAGAACCUGGAGUGUCACGCUUUCCUCUGUUCCAAGAAGAAAAUGGCCCAAGCUGUCACACUCACGGUUGCUCAGGCGUUCAAAGUAGCAUUUGAAUUUUGGCAGGCAUCCAAGGAAGAGAAGGAGAAGCAAGACAAGGCCAUGUUGGAAGGAGAGACCGCCAGCAGCCCAAACUCAGAUACUUCUGCCUCCCCAAAAGGACCAGCCACCGUAGAAAACCUGCUAGACUUGGAAAACGUAACCAAACCCCCUUUGACCAUGAACACAAAUUCUGUGUGCUUGGACAGCAGCAUCUUUGGGCCCCCUUCAUCAGAAAACAAUAAUGUGUGGGCAAUGGACGAUGAACUGGAUGAAGCAUUUUCAAGGCUGGCACAGUCCCGAACCAACCCACAGGUCCUUGACAUCAGCCUGACACCUCAAGACAUCCAGAGUGCGCAAAUCCUCUCGCCGGUCGACUGGGACAAAGUAGAUUCCGUGAUGGAGACCCAAAAGGAUGACCCGCUCUUUGAGUUCUGACAUCUUCUUUUGUUGUUUUCCCUUGUUAAGCUCCCCUCCCCACAAGUAAGAUAACCCCUAAGAACUUGAUGCACUGUAUUCUGCUGACUGUAACUGGAAGGGGUUAAAAGCCUUGACUGGGUUCAGGCAGGUGUUGAAUUGACCCCCUUCAGCUUUUGACCAAAGCUUAACUCAGCCUUUCCCCCAGCAGUCUUCCAGGUAUAUUAGGACUAUAGCAAGCACAUCUGGCAAAUACCAGAUUGGGAAGGUGGUUUUAGAUACUUCGAUACAGCUUUUUACUGUAUGUGUGACCAUUUUUGGUCUUUGCUUUUAUGGAGAUGACAAGGUGCUCCUUGAGUAGAUUUAUUCAAGAAUCUUUCAAAUUUGCAUCUAUUAUGGAAAUUUUGUAGCAUUGUGUAACUUGACAUUAUAGCAUUGGGCAGCUUCCCCCUUGGGAUUGCCUAUGAUAAGCAAUCUUGACAGCUGUGUUUGUGAAGGACGAAGGAUCUCCUUUGCAAUAUCAGAAUAUUCUAGACAUGCCAGCUUUAUUUUAGAAGAGCCGGACUGGCUGGAGUGGAUUGGAUUGGAGAAAUAAUGUCAGGUUCCCAGGACAUUGCUGGCAGUAGCCACCCAGAUAUUAGACAUGGCAAGGCUAAAUAAGGAUCUUUAUUGGAUUCAAGAAUGGAGCCAUUCAAACCAUUUGAUUGCCCCCGGCCAUCAUGAGAGAGAGUCUCUACUUACGUCCCUUGUGGUCCAAAUCCAUCCCUUCUUUUUCCUGCUGCUUCUGCCCCUUAACAGAUACCUUGCUGUUGCUCAGCCUUAAUACUAGGUAGCAGCUGAUUGUUACCUUGAGCAACUCUGGCUUCCAGCUUACCUCCCAUAGGUAGGAUGCUACAAGCUGUGGAUGUUGUCUUAUAAAAGAUGAUAAAAGAAAUGAUGGCCUUCUCAAUGUGAGCCAAUAAUUCCUGGCAUCCUAAUCCAGUGGGUGGCACCCAUGGCAGCUGAGAGCCCUGGGACCAUGGGACGCUGUGAUGGUCAUAAAUGCAAACCAGUUGCCAAGCACCCUAAUUGUGAUCACAUGACCACGGGGAUGCUGUGAGAGUCGUAAGUGUGAGGACCGGUUGCAAGUUGUUUUUUCCAGCGCUGUCAUAAGUCCAAACUGUCACUAAAUGAAUGGUUAAUAAGCGAGGACUACCUGUAUUUCUUUCCAAAGGAACAUAAAACAACCCUAAAAAUGAGCUUUUCCAUCACUGCAGCAAAAUGAUCAGUGUCAUCUCUGUCAUGCUGGCAGGGCUGAUGAGCAAUUUUGCUUUCAGUGUUUUUUUCUUUUUUCCAUCUACUAUCUAGGAAAAUCUCAGCUGCUGGGAACGUAGCUUACCUCUUAGGCCACAGCAGUCCUUGCGUUUCUCCAUCUUCUUAAGCCCUUUUUCAUUUCUGCUUGAUUAAUUGGGUUGUGCCCAAGUAUUUUAACACAUUAACCCUGAAAGAUGUCAAUCUGGAUUUUGAAAGAACAGCCAGAGGGUUGGGGGGGGGGGGGUUGGCUUUAAAGUUCAAAAGAAAUGUUAAGUAACCCUCUGUGUCCAUGUGUUUCUUCCAUCUCUCUCACUGCCUGCCAACUCUCGGAAAAGGUGGUCUCAAAUCUGAUUUCUCAUUUCAUAUUCUGGAUUUAGAAAAGCAAAUAAUGGGAGAACCAGGAUUACUGCCAUUAAAAGAUUACAUUUAACAGUGAUUUUGGAGAACUGAAUAAUCACAGUUUCCCCUGUUGGCGACCUUGUGGGAAAUGUACUGAGCCGUAAUUGGCUUUUGAAAGGCAAAUGUUCCUUUCUGAAAGAACAUAAAUGCACUUUUUAAUAUCUCUGUAAAUAGUACAUCUUGAAUCCAAAGUUCUGUUCAGGGGUUGGCAGAUAAUUGAACUUGAAACCGGACAGUUUGGAAUCUUGCCCUUUAGAGAUUGAUCUAGGCCAGUGUUUCUCAACCUUGGCAACUUUAAAACAUGUGGACCAACUCCCAGAAUUCCCCAGCCAAAAGCAGGUUGAGGUGGCCUAAAUGAAGAUACCACUUCAGAGUGUGAGGCGGGAGGAAUCCUACUUCUGUGUAGUGUCCAUGUUAACAAGCAAUUCCUGAAGGGAAAUGUCUAGCAGAGAAGUUGCAGCUCCACCUACCUCUUCCUUUGCUAGUUUUCUACUUCAGGUACAAGCCUGAAGUGGCACAUAUUUUAUCAUCUCAGAUCUCCUUUCUUUGUGUGGUGCAGUCUUAAGAGAAAGCAAAUUGUGAUCAUUCUCAGAAUUGUUGAAAGGAUGCUGCAAGGAGUUUCAUCUCCAUGUGAAUAUAUAUAUAUGUGUGUGUGUGUGUGUGUAUACAUACAUACACAUGCAUGCACACACACACACUCCUCUAAAGUUCUUCAAAAUAUAAACAAAAUAUCCAUAAUAUGCCUGUGUAUAUAGGUAAACAUAUGCUGUAAAAAGUACUUAACGCUGUUGAGAAAAUAAAAUUUUUACUUAUUUUCCAGUGCA